GAGAAGCAUUGGUUGAGUUACUAAGGGCUCUAAAUGAUUCCAGUAAUCGAAUUAAAGAUUGGAAUGACUUUUUGGUGAGCCCUUGUGUUAGUUGGUCUCAUGUUACUUGCAGAAACGGAAAUGUCAUAUCCUUGAGCCUAGCUUCGAUUGGAUUUUCAGGAACUCUUUCAUCGUCAAUUACCAAACUAAAGUAUUUGGUUAGCUU